GUGGAAUGUGAUGGUUUGAUCUCAAAAGGACCAGGGAGGGGAAUAUCCGAGAGGAAAGGACCAGCGAAAGCGACUGAGGGAAAGGGGGAAAGCAGAAAGCGGUUCCCCCCUAUCGCCUCCAACUCUCUGGUCUUGACUGAGAAUAUGUGGAUGAACUUGUCCCGGCCGUGUCGGCUGCAGCGAGCCCUACCGUCCGCACGAGCUCAACCCGCGUGAAGUUGUGGAUUUACCGUUGCGUUUUCCGGACCCGGCGGUGGAACUGCUCAGGAUGGAGAGUUUGUGGAGCUUGAUUUGCUUUAGAGGAAAGGAUGCAUCUUAAAUUAAAUGACAGAUUUGUCUGCUGAAAACCACUCUGAGGGAAUUUUGAAGUCUUAAAGAGACGGUGGUAAAACGAAUCAGAACAGCCUAACAAGAAAAAGGAGCUUUUCCUUGACAGCCUAAAGAACUUGGGAGCACAACGGCACAGAUGUGGACUCCCCAUCAGAUUUUCAUCAGAUAAUCUGGACAACAUAGAAACUUGGCCGAUACAAUAGAAAGAAAUCUGGAACCAUGUCGGAUCAUAAAGACAUGACCCAUCGCCACCUGAAGCACAAGCUGCAGAGUCUUGGCCGAAGACUUGAUGAACUGGAAGAAGCAACAAACAAGCUACAGAAGUCUGAGGAUGAGCUUCUUGACCUACAGGAUAAAAUUAUCCAGGCAGAGGGAAGUAACUCGUCCCUGCUCGGUGAUGUGGAAGCCCUGAGAAAACGUCUCUUGAAGAUCCAGGGGAAAGAUGAGGAGGUACGUAAAGCUGAGGAUCUUUGCCGCACAGUCAGAGAGAAACUGGAAGAGGAGGAAAACCUUACGAAAGAGCUAAAGGCAGAAAUAGAACGUCUUCAGCGACGGAUGGCUGAACUCGAGAAACUGGAAGAAGCUUUUGGGAAAAGCAAGUCUGACUGCAGCCAGCUCUGCCUUAGCCUCAAUGAGGAGAAAAACUUAACCAAGAAGCUCUCAUCUGAGUUGGAGACACUAAAAGCCCGUUUGAAAGAGGUGGAGGGGUCUGAGACAAAGCUGGAGAGAACAGAGCAGGCCUUGGCUAUGGAGCUUGAAAAGCUCAAGGGAUUCACCCAAACCUUUGCGAAUGAGCGUAAUAGGCUGCUAGAGAAACAAAGAGAAGAUGAGAAGACCAUUCUGAAGUUGGAAGAAAAGCUGGCGCACCAGAAGAAUCGCUUUGGCAUGUCAACGGAUUCUGGCAGAGCAGAUUUCAUGAGCUCAAGAAUUGAAGAUGAGCUAACAUCCACAGCGCUCUUAACGAGUAAGCUGGCUGGACGGAAGAAGAGCCUUGACUACUCAAAGCUGUCUGAGAAUGAGAAAAACAGCGGUCUUGAAGGCUCGCAGGAGGACAACAAAGUAAAGGAGCUGACACAGGAGGUAGAACGACUGAAGAACCGCCUCAAGCAGUUGGAGAUUGUGGAAGAGGAUUUGAAGAACUCUGAGUCCAAAAAUGGCGAACUUCAUGAGAAGUUCCAGAUAGAAAGGGACCGAGUUCGAAAGUUAAAUGAGCAGGUGGAACACCUCAGGAUGCAGCUGUGUGGAAAAGGCGGAAUCGGAGGAAAUGGAAUUGGUAACUUGGAUAAACACGGCAAUGGAAGCAGCACUGCUAAGGUCAUUGAAAAUGGCAAAGUUGAGAAUGAAGAGACUAUCCUGAAGGGAGGGUUUAGACAAGAAAAGCCUAAAUAUAGAAGUGCAGCAACUGUCCCAGAGCCAAGUUCCCCAAAACAUAGGAACAGGGAUUUAUCUCCUCAGCAUAAAUCUUGGAACAAAGAUUUUAGCAACUCUGAGAAGGGUUCUCCCAAGUCAGUGAGGAGAGCCCUCAGUCCUGCUCUAAAGAGAAGGACACCCAGAACUACAACUACCACAAAUUCAUCUGAUAAUGGAAUACGAGAUACAGUGCGAGGAGCUGAGGAAAAGCCAAGAGGAACCACAUACAGCUCUGUGAAUACAACUUCUAGUGAUGCCAAGAAGAUGUCCGUCCUUAGUCGAUACCCUCCCGCAGCUAAUGACCAGAAGCCACUAAGGACAGCUCACAAGCAUACAGAUGACAUCAAGAAGAGCAGAGAAAAGUUCUCAAAACUGUAUGUAGGUAGUGACAGUGAAUCUAACAACUCUGAUGUCGUGUCUGACAGUACUUCCACUACCAUGAAUAGCAUCUCUGCUCUAGAGAAGGAAACGGUGCCCGUCUCCGAUCAGGAACCAGCAGACCAGAUUCAGGAAUCUGUAUCUUCUUCUAUUUCUACUAUAUCCAAAGCCAAUGGCUCAUACACAGCCUACAGAUCUCACAUCAAUCCCUUGCUGCCCAAUGACCAGGGGUCAGAGGGUCAUUCUUCUGCCUCAGAAACAGAAUCUACUGGAUCAAGGCCAUCUGAGCUGGACCCUACAGCUGAAGCAGCUGAGGCAGCUAGCACAACCGUAAGCAGUAGGACUGUAACCUCCAGGUAUUCUAGAUACCCUCAAGUCCAGGACUCGCAUUCAGAGGGUUCCUCCUCCAGGAGCUCCUUUGAUGAAGAGCUGCACAGCCGGUCACAGGUAGCUGAGGGAGGUCACCAGGGACCCAUGCAUACUCCAGCAGGGAUUGAAAUCCAACGAGUAUGCAGUCCUAGAGAGGCACUGAGGUCAAGAGCUGUGAUCAAGCCUGCUAUUGUUGAAAUUGACAGAAAGGAAGUAAUGAUUUCAGAACCCUUGCCUACAAAUGGGAAACCCAAGAUCUCGACCAAACCAAUAGUGACUACUACUAAUAAAAUCACCAGUAGUAUAACCAUCUACCCAAAUGAUCCAAGCUCUUCCAGAACCAGCAGUCGCAGCAGCAGUGUGUCCAGUGAACCUGCGCCUAUUAAAGAACGCCACACAUCUACCAGUAACAUCGUUAUAGGCCCAAACACUGACCAUCACGGCAGUAUUUCCGUCCCAUAUGAGAUCUCCAUACCCAAGAGUGAGAUCACUUUGCGGCCAUGCCAGGACCAAGACUGUGGGCCACACAGCCACAGUGAUUCAUCAUCAAGGUCUAAACUCCACAACACUUCCAGGGUGGAGACCACCACCAGCCACCUGUGCUGCCAGCGCAGCAACUUUAGCCUCCAGUCCCCGGACGUCACUUCCUCGGACUUCAACGACACAGAAUCAGGAUUUGAGAGCAGCAGCAGCACAACCACCGUCACCAGCUGGAGAAGCCAACGGCAAAGCCAACCGUCACACGAAGACAGUUUGCCAGAUAUGAAGAAUGUGACCAUGAGAAGCCCCUGGAGGAACAAAAGCGCCAUGUCUGUGGACGAGGGAAGUCGAGGAAGGAGUACGAGAGCAAUCACAGAUGGCGGGUCUGAAGAUGAAACAGAAACUGCAACAACGUGGAGGGCUUACAGGGCAACCACCUUUGACACAGAGGACUCUGUAAACAGUGGAAACGGAGGCGGCGGAAAUGCUGCAGCACAGAAGGGAGCCAAGCCGUCCCCUGCUGAGGUGUACAUGCGUAAGAUCUCUCAGUCUCCCCCUAUGGAAACUGGAGGGUUGGGAAGGGCCAUACCCCAUGCACCCGUUACCUCUCAGUCCUGGAGCCGAUCAUAUUCACAGCAGCCUCCGGCUUCUGAUAACCUGGACCCCAGUCCAAACCCGAGUCACAGCCCAGCCUCUUGGAGACGACAGAUACCCAGUAGUGAUCUGGGGACCUCUUACGAUCGGAUAAGCAGGACACCUGGAGCCUCCUCUAGAGGAGGGGAGCCCUGGUCCAGUCGGGGGCAAGGCUUAGGGGCCAGAGCUGAGGGGAGGAGUGGAGCGGGAGGCAGACCGUGGAGCCAGCGUCAGUCAGAGCAACAUUAGACCAAGUGAGGAGGAGGAGGAUUGAAGCAAGUGGACAGCUCUCAACUGCAAAAUAAGGGCCAAGCGCUAGUUUCCCAUCAAAUGACGGCUACAUAGAUCACCGCCACCUCCAGCAGACAACAGUUUUGCAGCCACACUGAACAACAAACCACCGACCUGAUGAUGAGUGUACGCUGAGACAUGGACGCUUCUUCCUAUUCAAAACUGUUCCAGAAAAAGCCGUGCAUGGAAGGUCAGCGCCUGUACAGUGUUUUUGGAGGUUUCCUCACCGGCCAGUGUAUUAUCUUCUGCUUCUUGUGUUGGAUGUAUUAUAGUGUAAUCCUGAAACUUGACAAGGGAGAGGCUGGCACGCUGCGCAGGGCUGGAGAUUUUCCUGUGCACCAGAGUUGGAGGAAAAUAGACUCAAGAGUUUGUUACAGUAACCUCAGAGUAGCUGGAAAUGUCACUUGUGCUUCGAAAUUUCAACUUUUCUUCAUCACUGAAAAGACAAACCCAAUCCUCAGUCAACAGCAGUGCAUCUUUCUCUCUCACAGGGCUGGAUUUUCCCGUAGGAUUCUCCAUAAAACCAAAAGAUCGCUACUUUAAAUGUGACCAAAAACAGGAAGCGAAUUACCCUCGGUUUUGUUUCAGACUCGUUUUUCCUCUGAAAACCUUCAUCCAACCCCAUCCCUUCCCCUCUUCACCAAACACAAGCCAUGCAAACGUAUCCACAAAACAAGAAGCAAACACAUUCACAUUUUUAACUUUUGGUUUAAUUUCAGCCCAUAUCCCGACUUUCCAGCACGCGGUAACCUCAAACUGGAUUUAAUUUGAGGUCUUAGAUGCUGAAUGAAGAUUUGCAUGUUUCUAAGUAAUAAAUGAAGAACACUUGAAAGAUUGUGACUCAGCAUGCUUAAAGGGUUGCCGGUUGGCUGGAUUUUAGGCGCACGCACACACACACACACACAAAUACAGACGUACGCACAGACACAUUUUUCUUUUUUCUUUUGUCUUCACAGGCUGGGACCUUGUUUAUGUUUUUCUGUCAUUUUGAUUCUUUUGUAAUUCGCUUCCUGUUCUGCAUCAUCCUUUCGCUUUCUUCUCAACCGUGUCAUUUGAAAAAAGAAAGUGGACUGCACGCAAUGAAAUGGAAUGCACAUGCAAGAAGAAAAAAUAAAUAAAUAAAAAACAUGAGGAUGGGGGGAGGCAUUGUUUAUAACCUCAAACCAUGACACGGUUUCCAUGGUUCUUUAUUUUACAGCUGUUGCAACUGUCCUCAUCCAUGUGUUUUGAAAGAGCCAUAGCAAAAAUGGAGUUUCUGUUUGAACUGAACUUUGGACUUUCGAUUACCAGCAACCGUAGCCUGACAGGGCGGACAUUUUUUUUUUUUUUUUAGUGCUGUCAUAAGUACUGUGUACACACCAGUCAUAGGAACGACCCAAGGGCGUUGGACUUCUAACCAGGAAGUGACAGUCCUGCUUGUACAUGACUUGGUUCGCCGUGCGAAUCGUGCUAGUGUCUCUCUUUCUUAUUUCUAUAGAGGUGUAUUAUUUUGUUACGACGAUAAACAACACCUGGUGGGUUGGUAUGUUGGAGUAAUCACUCAUUGGCAGGGGCCACUACGGCGGAGACUGUGCAGUAGAAUUCAAUUUAGCCACCGGCCAGUAAUAAAAUGAGGUGGUGUUUUUUUUUUUUUUGUUUGUUUGUUUUUUUGCUGAGGUCAUCAGAAACCCUGCUGACGUAUUCAAGUUUCUCCAUAAAGUCUUUCAACAGGCACCGGCAGGAUCUUGAGACUGUUGCAGAAGAUUGACUGCAGAAUGACAGGCCAUGUAAACUUUUAAUCCUAGAACAAAAUUUAUGAAUGUUGCUCAGGAGGAAUGCAGCUGAGAAUGACCAAUUGCUCGAUGGCUUGAUGCACCGAUCCAACACGACUGCAUUCUUUGUCUCUCGCAUCUGUUAAACUGCAGACGAGAGGAAAAAAAGCGAGAGAAACAUAACCAUAACUGUGACAACUCUGGACCAAGUUCUGGAUCUGUGAAAGAACUUGGGACUUUUUAAAAGCCUGCUCUCCAUCUGGCUCCUCUGCUGUUGUGGAUUUUAAUGCUGUGUUGUCGGACCCUGCUGGGGAUGAUCUGGUUCACUUAUUUUCUUUUUGUUUGUUUGUUUUUUGGUCUCCUGUAUUCUACCAGCCGCCAUCAAGCUGUAAUAUUUAUUAGUCUCCAUAUAUGUGCAGGUUCUUUUAUUGUGAAAAGAUCUGCCUAAUGGCAGGACCUCUGUCUGUUGCCACUUUGUCACUUUACAGUUUAUGCAAGCAGGAGAUUAUAUGCAAUUAAACUGUUCCCCCCACCCCCACUGCAAUAUCUGUAACCAUUUCAGCCGUCGUCGUGUACAAAAGAAGGUGAUGACUGUAAGUAGGAAGUUUGCUAGGUUAAAACUAAAAGUUUACCUUUACGAAUGCACAUUUUCACCAGUCUCUUUCCUUUAUGUUUACCUUCUAGCAGUAAUAUCUACAGUAUGUUCGUCUGUGCCUUGAGAUGCGGAGGUAAACUGUCCCAACAAAUUCAGACUCGCACCAUUUCCUUACACUUGCAGUAAACAUAAAUAACAUGUAAUACAAACAUGUAAGGUUCAGAUUUGUUCGUUUGCUUUUUAAUUGCAUUUUUCUUUUAUUUGAGAAUUGUUUUGGUUGACAUGGUAAAAUUAUAUUUAGGGGAAGUCCUCCCUGAAUGAAGAUGAAAUAAGACUCUCGCACAAAACACCAAAACUCCUUUUCUAACCCACCUCCAAAGCACCCUGUUAAAGAACAUGACCCACGCCGCUGUGUCUUUUGGAUUUGACUGUCAGAGUCACAGGGUGCAGCUCUGCCUCUGAAAGGCUUGCUUCGUGGCCAGCCGCCUCCACCGGCUUUAUGAUGGAGCAAAAACGGACCAGACGCACUGUCUCAUGUCCUCCUGUGCUCCCUCUGUUAUUGUUCCUACUGCGACUCUUCUCAUUUACCAAGAGAGAAGGCCCUCUCCUCCCCAGUCUCUCAUCUUUUCGACCAAUUUUAACUUUUAGGAUUUUGCUAAAAAACCAAGUGUCCCUUCCUCCUCCCUCUGUUUCUCUGUAUUUUCCUUAGAUUCUCAUUUCCUAAAAGGAAAACCUUUGCCCUAAACAGCAGUGAUGUGUGCUACUGGUGCAGAGGCCUGUCACCAGAAAAUGAUGGGCAGCUCCCUGGGUAGCUGAAAGGUGAAAGGUCAGAUCUGGGUCUAAUCCUGUCUCUACAUCUUGAUUCAGGGCUUCUAAAUACAGGAGGGUCAAAAAUGGCCAGCUUGGCAGUGACGUGCACUUGAUGAUAAUUAAAACACCCGGGGGAGGUAUCGAGUGUCCGUUUCUGCCAGAUAUACACGUGCUCUUCUCUCAGUGUUUGCGUGUUGCUGUUGUUGAUAUGUCAGCGAGGGUUCUCAUUUAAAGCUCAAGUGGUGUCUGCAGAUCCCUGAGUUGGCUGGAGGGCGUUUGUGGGUCAGGAUGGUGAUGCAAGCACCAGAGCCAGUGCCCUAAUCCACCCAUUAUCCUGCCUCAUGGCCCAUAAAGUUCUUGUUACUGUUUUCUUCCAAUCCAACGUGAUACUCCUCCACCGAUCCCUAAGCAGCACCACUGUGAAGCAUUUCUCUGGGGGGUGGCUGCAGUGAUAAUUUCACAGGUUUUAAGGAUUCCAGGGCUGUUUUCUUUUCCUGAUAUCUCCUCUGAUUUGUGAUUGAUGGUUGAAUGUGGACUGAAUUACAGCAAUGGUGUAAUAGCUGCUGUUUAAAAACAAAAAGAGGCUGCUUCUGCUUUCCUGCUAGGAUACCAGCUAAAGAGUUAAUAGAAAUCCUCUUAAGAUGUGGUGGUAUAUCUAUAAACAUUUUGUUUUUCCUUUUAUAAAAGUAGACUAGAAUGUACUUAGUGGAGAUCGGAGGAAUGGCUCUUGGGCAGUUAGCAGGCCCUUGUCCUCAAAUGCCUCCAUUGUGAAGCCAGGGUUAUGGUGUCAUUGGAUGGCAUAGGCUGUAAUCUGCACUUAACCAGCACUUAAACAACUAAUGCCCCCUUUAAGUCCCCCGUUGUUAAAACGUUUCCUCUUCUGUGCCCCCAAAAUUGUCCGUAGCUGUUUGCUGAAUGUACCACAGCUGGUUAUGUAGUGUUUAUUAUUUGUUUCUUUUUGUAAAUUCUUUUCAAGAAUCAUCUCAGCAGGUAAAGGAAAUUGGCAUGCACUCAGUGAAGGAAUCAUGUUUGUGUCUCAGCCUUUUAACAAUGUGCCAACAUCAUUCCACAGUAUUUACAGUUUACAGAGACGGUGCAAGAGUUUCCUCAGGAGGACACGGUGUCUCUUAAGAUUCUGAAAUAAAGGGGAAAUAUAAGUGAGGUUUGUCUUUUCUCUGUCAGCUCUCUUCUUAUGGAUGUUUUUUUCUCUUUGUUAAACAAAAGAUGUCUUAUUUUGGAAUCUAUAUUGGAUAGAUUUUAUUUAAGGAAAAACUAAUUUUGUAAAGUGGGCCUUAUUAUUGAAAUAUAUAAAGUAUUUGUCCAUCUUGAUUUAAAGAGGGUUUUUUUUUUUUUUUUUCCUUUUUCUCUGUCACACUCCUGGAGAGUUCUUCUUCGUGUAUUUUGUGCUUGGUAGUUUUAAUGCAAGACGUUUCUCACAACCUGGAGACAUGAUGACGCACCGUGGAUGAGGAAAAAGAGAAGCCAGCGAUAGUCUUUGAAGAGUGAGAGUUAUGUGCGUUUUAUCAGAGCUGAGCAGGUCUCCGGUGUUGAGUCCCUUUUCUCUUUUUUUUGUUUCAUUUUUUUUUUUUUAAAUCGGGGACCAUUCACUGCUCCAGCCGCUUUGCCGCCCUGAUCUCCCUCUCUCAUAAAUUCAGGGUUUGUACAUCUUCUGUGCUGUAUGUUUGAAAGUGCUGCCAAAGAAAGAAGCGUGCAGGUCCCCAGACAUGUGUAUAUAUUGAAACCUACAAUCUUAACAGGAACAAUCGGAUAACGAAUUAAAAGAAUACAUUUUUUUUUUAACUGGAUGUUCUCUCUCUUAACGCUGAUCCAUCCACAUCUAAGAUUUUCCGAACUGUACAAAUGAGGGGUUUAUUUGUUUGUUUAUUUGGGUUUUUUAAAUAGAUGAGUGUAUAUAAAUGUGUGUGCAGAACAAGGAGACUGACAGACAGAGGUGUCAAACACAGACGUACAUGUGAUUAAAAUCAGAUCAAAAUUGUUUUAUGAUUGAUUACUGCUUCUCUGUGUCAGCAAUGCCAGGUGUACUGUGUGGGGAGGCUUCUUUUUUUCGUUUUAAACUUAAUACAUUGUGCAUGUUUUAACCUUUCUGUGGCUGGCGCACUCUGCAUGUAGGUCUCUUGAAGCUGUACAGCAGACCAUAUGUAUUCCAAUAAAAAUAAAAACCAA